AUGCUGUUGUCUUUGAGCCAAUUGUUCUCUGUGGUUGCCAUCUCCUUUUGUCUACAGGCCACGGUCAGCUCUGCAAUUCCGCUUAGCUCUCAUCUGAAUGCUUUGCUGCCGCGAGGAGAUGAUUUUAAUGGACAAGUUGCCUGGACAGAUAUGACCUCUGGCGAUGGCCAAAAGGAUGGCAAAGACACAAACGGCGUUCCAUACGUGAAGUACCUUAUCGACUACUACGUCAACAAAUUCAGUUCAGAGGAUCGCGUCGGUGUUUUCUGGACUGGAGGAACUAUGACGGAGGAUGACUAUGACAAUAUCUAUGAGUUCAUCGAGUCAGAGACUCGGUUGGAUAAUCACGGCAAGAUCUUCAAAGACGUCUUUGAUAACAACUACCUCACGAACGAGAUGGGAAUUGAUACUAGCAACCAAAACAAUCUCUACUGGCGAUCAAUUUACCGAGCUAGCAAAGCCCUGGCUGCUGGCGCCACCAAUGGAAAGGCCUAUGUCUACCUUAAUCCUGCAGGUUGCAGGACCAUCUUCUCUCCUGCAUCACAAACGCCCCUAGAUGAGGAUCCCGCUCAUGAUGGAGAAGCUACUGUCGGCGAAGUCUGGGCCUAUGUAGAACUCCCGAUGCUCAUGCGAAACACGAACGUGAAUCAGAUUAUCAGUUUCUACAAACAAGGCAGAAAAUUUGUCACUAACAUUGAAUGGGAUGUGACUACCGAUACUCAAUACCCUCGAACUUAUCUUUCUGAUCUUGCCAUGGAUGCUGUACCCAUAACGCUUCCAGCCAGUGCUAACCGGGCUUCUAUGAAACGGUCGGGUAUGAUCGGUGGGGGCUGGUAA